AUGAAUUGCAGCGAAAGCGGGCGGCUCCAGCGGCUGCUCAGCGGGCUCUUGCAGGAGCUGCGCGGCGGCGGCCCCGCGUCUUCCACCGGCUCUUCCACCUUGGCGUUGGCCCCGAGGCCUCCGGGGAGCGCCGCCGCCGGCCCUUCCUCCUCCUCCUCGCGGGCCCGGGGGGAGGACGACGCCUACUUGUACAUCCUGCUCAUCAUGAUCUUCUACGGCUGCCUGGCCGGGGGCCUCAUCCUGGCCUACACGCGCUCCCGGAAGCUGGAGUCCAAGCACGACCCCUACCACCUCUACAUCGAGAGCGACUGGACGGCCCCGCCCUCGGCCCACGGCGGCAGCCCCGACGGCGAGCGCCCCUGA